AUGAGCGAAACAAAUGCGAGCACUUCUUCCGCUUCUUCCACAUCGUCGACGACUGAGCCGUCGAUUCAACAGAAGAACAAUUUGCAGAGAAUAGCGCUGAAGAAGCAUCAGCUCAAGACAUGGACCCGAAGCAAGAAGUUGGAGAAACUGGCCGUCUAUUCCCAGUGCAGGGCUAACGACAACACUUGCAAAUGCAACGGUUGGAAGAAUCCCAACAACAAUCCCGUCCAGUCUUCCGACAGACAUCACGACAAACACAACAACAACUCCGUGUCGCAGAUGACAGACCCCUGUCGUAGUUGUGGUGCUCACGUGAGUCACUUGGAUGCCGUGAAAGAGGAGGAAUUGGAUCGUCUGUUGGGGAUUGUGGUGGACGUGGAGAACCUGUUUAUGUGCGUCCAUAUAGAAGAGGAUACGGACACAAAACAAGUGUAUUUCUAUUUAUUCAAACUCCUGAGGAAAGCCAUUAUGAUUAUGAGUCAGCCCUCAGUGGAGGGUCCGCUCGGAAAUCCUCCCUUCGAGAAGCCUUCCAUCAAAACGGGUGUAAUAAACUUCGUGUGUUUCAAAUUCAGUCACUUAUCGGAGAAAGAGUGGCAAACAAUGUAUGAUUUGGCCAAAAUGUUUCUCCAUUGUCUCAAUCACUGGAAGUUAGAGACACCGCAGGCGAGGAAACAGCACUCACCCAACGAAGACGUGUCCGCAUAUAAGAUCAAUUACACGCGAUGGCUGUGCUAUUGUCAUGUGCCGGCUUUUUGCGACAGUUUGACUCAUUUUGAAACGUCUUUAAUCUUCGGACGAACUCUAUUGCGAUCUGUGUUUCAAACAAUGAGACGACAAUUAUUGGACAAAUUUCGGGCCGAAAAGGACAGAAUGCCGGCCGAUAAGCGAAUACUCGUAUUGACUCAUUUCCCACGCUUUCUCUCAAUGCUCGAGGAAGAGGUCUACGCAAACAACUCUCCCAUUUGGGACUCAGACUUCAAACAGAAUAUGCCGUCGUUUGCCUCCACGGCGGCCGUCGCCGCCGCCGCUAACGCCUCCUCCAAAAGCGCUUCCAACACAUCCAACUCAUUGACCUCAACCCCCGCCCCAAACAACUCAUCAGAACCCCAAUCAAAGUCGUUCUUAAACGUGAGCACAGGUACGGGAGCUCUGCUCGCGACGACCCCAUCGCUGGCCUCAUCGUCCGGUUUCACUACAUUUAACUUAAGCCCCGGUUUGACGACAACUUCACCCAAAAUGACAAGAAGUGAGAAACGAAUUCGUCGUAACUCUGAGGCCAACACUGAAGUCAAAGUCGAAACGACGACUAAAAAGAUGAAGAUCUCAAUCCCUGGUGACAUCAGUGAUGACAUCGUCUCGCGUGCCAUCACUGCUAUCAACAAAACAAAGGCUGCGGUCGAGGCGUCCACCGCUCUGUUGCCCGAAAUCUCGGCCAGAGAUGAGUCGGCGCGCAGUGAAGAAAAGAAAGGACUCAUAAGCUUUCAUAUCGUCUCGAAUUCAUUGAACAAAACUGUGGACAAACAGGACUUGAUUUGGUUGAUUGGUCUGCAAAAUGUGUUUAGCCAUCAGUUGCCGCGAAUGCCCAAAGAGUACAUAACGCGACUCGUCUUCGAUCCCAAACACAAGACACUGGCGUUGAUUAAGGACUCGAAUAAAGUGAUUGGAGGCAUAUCUUUCCGAAUGUUCCCCAAUCAGGGCUUCUCGGAGAUCGUGUUCUGUGCCGUCACUUCCAACGAACAGGUGAAGGGUUACGGCACUCAUCUCAUGAACCACUUGAAAGACUAUCACAUCAAACACAAUGUCCAGCACUUCCUCACAUACGCCGACGAGUUCGCGAUCGGAUACUUCAAGAAACAGGGAUUUACUAAAGAGAUAAAACUUCCCAAAUCUGAAUAUUUGGGUUACAUUAAGGAAUACGAAGGCGCGACUCUCAUGGAGUGUCAGCUCAACCCCUCUAUCACUUACGUCCAGUUGACGUCUGUUAUCCGCAAACAGAAGGAAAUCAUUAAGAAAUUGGUGGACGAGAAGCAGAAGAAGUCACACAAAGUAUAUCCCGGACUCAGUUGUUUCAAAGACGGCAUGAAAGAGAUCUCCAUCGAAGCCAUUCCCGGCAUCAAAGAGUUGUCGGGCUUUAAGAUCGAGAAACACAAACAGAGAGAAGACCGCAACGACUCGGAGAACAGUCUGUUGUCUGUAUUCAAGACAAUACUGACACAAGUGAAGAACCACAACAGUUCGUGGCCUUUCCUGCGACCCGUCGAGACAUCAGAAGCGCCCGAUUAUUACGAUUACAUCAAAUACCCGAUGGAUAUCAAGACGAUGUCUGAGAGAAUCAAAAACAAAUACUAUGUGAACCGACGUCUCUUUCACGCCGAUAUGAGCCGUAUAUUCCAGAACUGCCGCUCCUAUAACUCGCCGGACACUGAGUACUACAAAUGCGCCAAUACUUUGGAGAGAUUCUAUAACAACAAGAUGAAAGAAGCUGGACUUGAUAAAUGAUGAACACUUACCUUCUUGUUUACAUUAUUACACAAUAUUAUUACUUCUAUUAUUUAUAUUCAUUUAUACAGUAUUUAUGAAUUCAAUUAUUUUAUAAUUGAUGCAAAAGUAAUUUAAUAGAUAUAUCUUUACAUAUUAUAAAUAUAUUUAAAU